AUGUCCGCACCUCCAGCCUCCCGGCCCACGGCCUCCACGGAAAAGACCUUCAGCGCCUACAAUGCCGAGCAGGGCAAGGCGUACGCGGCCGCCCGUCGCGACUACGACCCGUCGCUCUACCAGCUCGUCGUCGACCGCCACCGCUCCACCGGCGGCCGCUUCGACAGCCUCGUCGACGUCGGCUGCGGGCCAGGCCUCGCCGCCCGCGCCCUGGCACCGCACUUCGCCAGCGUCGUCGGGCUGGACCCCUCGGACGGCAUGCUGGCCACCGCCCGCGCCCUCGGCGGCGCUACCGCGACCUCGCAGCCCAUCCGCUACGAGGUCUCGACCGCCGAGGCCCUGGGCUCUGAGCUCUCCCCGCCCGUCCCCGACGGCAGCGUCGACCUCAUCACCGCCGCCAACGCCGCGCACUGGUUCGAUAUGGCCGGCUUCUGGCCCGCCGCCGCCCGCGCCCUGCGGCCCGGCGGCUCCGUCGCCCUCUGGACCUCGGGCCCCAUCGUCACGCACCCGGACAUGCCCAACGCCACGGCCAUCCAGGACGCCCUCGAGCGCCUGCGUAGCGAGUACCUGAGCCCUUACUUCGUGCCGGGGAACCGCAUCGUGCACGACCGCUACGUGGACCUCCUGCUGCCCUGGGACGUCGAGGACCCCCGCGCCGCCGAGUUCGACCGGGACACCUUCUUCCGCAAGGACUACCGGCCCGACGAGAAGUUCCUCAUGGGCAUCCCCGAGGCGGACCUCGACACCUUCGAGGCCAUCAUGGCGACGGGCAGCCCGCAGACGCGCUGGCGCCAGGCCCACCCAGACGAUGUGGGCACCGAGCGCGACGUGAUACGCAUCAUGCGCAGGGAGAUUGAGCGACUUCUGCACGAGGCCGGUGUGGAGAAGGGCAAGGAGAAGGUCAAGGCGACUGUUUGUGGCGUGCUUAUCAUGAUAAAGAAGAAGGCGGAGUAG